AUGGAUAGUUGGUUAAAUUUUUUUUAUAGAUGGAGAACUAGAACCAAUCUUGAUAAUGAGACUUUACAAGAUAUGGAUAAAACCGUAAGUAAUGAGGAUGUUUCAUAUGAUAAUAAACAUCAUUUGUAUGAUUGGUACCCACCUAUUUCUCAAGGAAAACUUAUUGAUGCAGUUCGCAGUAUUGUACCUCAGCUUAAUAUGGAUUUGAGAAAAGGUUCACUUGGAAAAAUUGGGGUUAUUGGGGGAUCUUUGGAGUAUACAGGAGCUUCUUACUUUGCAGGCAUCUCUUCAUUAACAAUUGGAGCAGAUUUAUGCCAUAUAUUUUGUACUCCUGAAGCUUCUUUACCUAUAAAAUCAUAUAGUCCUGACUUAAUUGUGCAUCCUCUAUUACCAUCUAGUAAUCUUGAAGCAACUAUAGAAGAUUGCACCUUGUAUAUUGAUAAUAUUCGGGUGUGGCUACCUAAAAUGGAUGUAAUUAUAAUUGGUUGUGGAUUGGGAAGAAAUAAAAAUGUUUUAAAGGUUGUUUCAGAAUUAAUUCGAAUUUGUAGGUCUCUAUCAGUACCACUUGUAAUAGAUGCAGAUGGCCUAUAUUUAGUAUCCCAACAACCAGAAUUAAUUUGCGGGUAUAAACACUGUAUAUUAACCCCAAAUACUGCAGAAUUUUUUAGAUUUGAAAAAUCUAUCGAAUUAGCCAAUAGUAUGAGCUCUGAAACUCUAAUCCCAAAUAUUAAAGAGAGUUCUCCUAAGAGUUAUAGUCAAGCAGGAACAGCUACUGCUGCAACUUCAUCAUAUAGCCAUAUUGAACUCAAUGAUAAAGUGAGUGAUAUUGAAAUUAUUGAUAAUGAUAUCAAUAUUCCACAGGUUUUACCGUUGGGAAUGAAUGAAGAUCUAGAUAUUGUAUCUCCCUGUGAAAGAACACCUAAUAUAGAGUGCCCUUCAAAUUUCAACAAUCCUAUUAUGUUCGAAAUCUAUGAUGAUGGAGAAGAAAUAAACCUGUAUAGAAAUAGAUGUAUUACUUCUGAUAGUGAAAAAUCAGAUAUCCCAGAGAAUAAGAGAAAAAGUUUCUGUAGUACAAAUCCUCUGAAUUGGUGCUUUUAUGAACAUAUUAUAUUAGAAAAUUGUACACACCAAAAGUACCAAAAAGAUACUAAAGUAGAGGCCUUCACCCAAUUAUCCCAUUUAAAUUGUGAACAGAUUUUCAAUAAAAUUACUAAGGUUGUUGAUUUGAGUAGAUCUUUUGGAAAUGUUUGUAUUGUUCUUAAAGGUAAAUUUGAUAUAAUUACCAAUGGUAAAGUAGUAGCGAUUUGUAACUUAUCUGGAUCAUAUAAAAGGUGUGGUGGACAAGGUGAUAUUUUAGCUGGGUGUAUUGCCCCCUUAUUCUAUUGGUCAAUACAGAGUUUAACAAAUACUACAGAUGAAACUAGGUAUUGCAACUCUCCAGAAAUUAUAGCAGCUUAUGGAGCUUGUUGUAUAACUCGAUUGUCAGCUCAUAUUGCUUUUAAAAAAUUUAUGCGUAGUUUAAAUGCUUCGCAUAUUAUUGAUGAUUUAUCUCAUAUAUUUAGAGCUGUAUUUGAAACGAGUUCGAAUAUUACUGCUAGCAACACUGAAGUUCAUCUUUUAUUUAAUGACCCCACAUCUCCGAAACAUAUACAAAGUGUUGAGUAG